AUGGCUAAUGAAGAUGGACUUAUUCUUAACUUGUCAUUUGAUAAAUCUUUGACACCUAAGCCUGUGUCUAGAACGUCUUUAAAAAAGCAAUAUCUUAUCGAAGGUGGUUCUAAGUAUGAGCGCCAGCUAAUACGUAAGGCAAUUCGUGAUCAAAGGGAUAAAGAGCUUGGUAUAGAUACUGUUAGAAAUAGAAACACCAAUGAUCCAAACGAACUUCCACUUGGGAAAAAACACGCUAUUAGUUCUACAGCGCUUAAACAGAAUAUUGGUAUUGUUAAGAGUAAAAGGCCUCUUGAGUUUACCAAAAAAGGAGAUACUAGUUUAGCGGCCCAGUUCAGAAAAAAAAAGAAAUUGGAAUCUGAAUUGUCUGGUGAAGUUCAAAAAAAAAUGAUAAAAAAGGUUUAUAAAGAAAAAAGAGAAGGAGAAGAUGGAAACUCAUUUGUAUCUUCAUUAUUUAACAAAAAUGAUUUGCACCAGAUAGAAAAAGAUUUUGAUAAUGAUAUUGCUGAUAAUCUACAAGUUAUCAAAAAUGAACCAUCUAAUGCGCCUUUGAAAGGAUCUGAUUUAACAUUUGAAGGUCUAGGCAUAGAAACCUCAUUGACCAAUAUUUUACAAAAAAAGAUGGGUUUGUCCAUACCCACUAAAAUUCAAAGAGCAGUUAUUCCACGUAUGUUGAAUGGUAUUGAUAAUGAUUUAUUUGUACAAGCUCAAACAGGUUCUGGUAAAACUUUAGCAUACUCUCUACCUAUCUUCCAAAGACUUCUAAGACAGAGCAUUAGUGAUAAUAAUUACAAUGGUAAACUUAGCAGAUCAUCUGGAAUUUUUGGAAUCAUUCUUGCUCCAACAAGAGAACUUGCUGCCCAGAUUUACAAUGUUUUGGAAAUGCUUCACAAGGGUUGUUAUUGGAUUGUUCCUGGGAUAGUUUCUGGUGGUGAAAAAAAAAAAUCAGAAAAGGCACGAAUUCGAAAAGGUGUCAAUAUUUUAGUUGCUACACCAGGACGACUUGCUGAUCACAUUGAUUCCACUGAAUCACUUGAUCUGUCUUUUGUGAGAUGGCUUGUUUUAGAUGAAUGUGAUCGGCUGAUGGAGCUUGGAUUUGAAGAAACAAUUGAUAAAAUUUUAAAAGCUUUGGAUGAACAGUUUGAUAUUUCCAAUUCUAAAACCAUCUUUCCUCUACUACCAAAAAAACGUGUAAAUAUUUUGUGUUCUGCAACAGUAAAGGGAAAAGUCAAGGAGCUUGGGGAAACAUCGUUAACAAAUGCUGAAUGGGUUACUGUUAAUAGUCUACCAACAGAUUCUCAUGAAAUGAUCCCUGCAAAUGAAAUAAAUGAGAUAGUAGAUAACUCUUCUAGUUAUACUGCACCAGCUCAACUCAUUCAAAGAUGCAUAAUUGUUCCCGCGAAACUUCGUCUAGUUACAUUAGCAGCUACAUUAAGAAAUACUGUGCGCAAACGAAUUUUGAAAUCCGUGAUCAAACAAGAAGAAAAGAUAUCCAGAGUCAUCGUUUUUUUUUCUUGCUCAGACUCAGUUGAUUUUCAUUUUUCGGUUUUUACAAGAAAUGGAGUAGACCCUAAAAAAGAAUUUAAUCAAUCUGACAAACCAAACGAAGUCACUAGAAGCUUAGUAUCAUCCACGGUUUUGACUAGUCCUUGGCUCGGUAAAAACACUGUCAUCCAUAAAUUACAUGGAUCUUUAAACCAGGCAACUCGUACCUCUACUUUAGCUUCGUUUUUUGGAAAAGCUGGAAAAUCUCAAGCCAACAAAAAUAAUGAUAGCAAAGUUUUUAUUUUAUUUUGUACAGACGUUGCCUCUAGAGGUUUGGACCUGCCGCGCAUCACAGACGUUAUAGAAUAUGAUCCACCUUUUGCAACUGAAGACCAUAUUCAUCGUGUUGGCCGCACUGCUCGAGCAGGUCAUGAAGGAACAUCUGUUAUAUUUCUACUUCCUGGUAGUGAGGAAGCUUAUUUAAAUGAAAUUAAGCCUUAUCAUCCUUCAGGAAUUCAAAAUGAAAAAUAUGACAUAAUAUUACGGAAAGCCUUUGCUGAAGAAGAAAGUUACACGAAUAAUUCUACAUUAAAUUGGGAAGUUGAAGCAACAACUUGGCACCUGAAUGUGGAAAGAUGGAUAUUGGCAGAUAAUUUAGAGUUGACUAAAGCAAAAAGAGCAUUUACGAGCCAUAUUAGAGCAUAUGCAACCCAUUUGGCUAGCCAGAGAGGCAUUUUUAAUUUAAAAGGACUCCAUUUAGGUCACUUAGCUAAAAGUUUUGGUUUGCGUGAAACUCCCGGAAAAUUAUCAACCGUCAAAGAUUCUGUCAAUAAAAGUGACAAAAAGAAAGUUAAAUACAAUAAGCCUAACUUUAGUCAAGGGAAACACCAUGAUGAAUAUAAUAGUUUCACAGGUCAAGAUUCUGAGGCUGCCGGGAAAAAGCGACUUUUAUCUAAAGCACGCAGUUUAAAUAAUUUCAGAAGCCAGGCAAAUGAAUUCAAUAUAGGCUAA